AUGCACUUCUCUACUGCAGUUAUUGCCUCCGUUGCCGCCCUGGCACCUCUUGCCAGUGCCGUUGGAAACGCUAUCGUGACCAACCACUGCAACUUCCCAGUCUACCUAUGGUCUGUUGGUGGCAGUAUUGGCCCCAAACAAACCAUCCCCGCAGGUGGCAGCUAUAGUGAAGUACUGCGCCACGACAGUGCAUCCGGUGGCAUCUCGCUGAAGAUCACCACCGUCGACAACGGUCUAUACAACGGCAGCCCCCAAACCAACUUUGCCUAUACCCUCGACCCUGGCACAGUUUGGUAUGACCUGUCCGAUGUCUUCGGCGACCCAUUCUCCGGCAAGACUAUUGUUGUUCGGCCCACAGAUACGACUUGCUCGAGCAUCUGCUGGGCAGAGGGUGUCAACCCUGGUGGCAGUCAGACUAAGAAUUGCAACUCCAACACCAACAUCAACCUGAACCUCUGUGCAGCCAAGUGCUAA